AGAGAGGAGAGGGAAGCAGAGCGGCCGCUGGGCAGAGGGUGAGGGUGAGGGACUGCUCGUUUUAACAUGGAGAUAUGGAGUAUGGUUGCCCUGGUGCUCAUGGUCAGCUUCACAGUGCGCUGGGCAGUGUCUCUGAACUCAUACUCAGGUGCUGGUAAACCACCAAUGUACGGCGAUUAUGAAGCACAGAGACACUGGCAGGAGAUAACAUUCAAUUUACCCAUCGAUGAAUGGUAUUUCAAUACAAGCAACAAUAAUCUUGAGUACUGGGGUCUUGAUUAUCCACCUUUUACUGCUUACCACAGUUUGCUUUGUGCAUAUGUAGCUGAAUUAAUAGAUCCUGAGUGGAUUGCUCUUUUUACAUCCCAGGGGUAUGAGAGCGACAAGCACAAACUCUUCAUGAGAGCAACAGUGGUUGUUGCAGACAUCACUGUGUAUGUUCCAGCGAUCCUUUACUACGUGCAUCUCUACGAAGGUCCAUGGGCCACAAAGGUAUCGUUUUUGCUGUGUGCCUUAUUGUAUCCUGGACUCAUUCUUAUUGACCAUGGCCACUUUCAAUACAACUGCAUCAGCCUGGGCCUCACCCUGUGGGGGGUGCUGGGCCUUUUGAAUGACCGGGUCUUCUUAGGGUCAGUAGCAUUUUGCAUGGCCCUUAAUUAUAAGCAAAUGGAGCUUUACCAUGCGCCGCCUUUCUUCUGUUAUCUCCUUGGAAGCUAUUUAAGAAACUUGAGAAAUGGAGGGUUAAAACAAUUGCUCAAAAAUACCCUUGUGGUGUUGAUUUCAUUUGCUUGUUGCUGGCUACCCUUCCUCACCAGUUUCCAACAGUGUCUGCAGGUGAUUCGAAGGAUUUUCCCAGUGGAUAGAGGUUUGUUUGAGGAUAAAGUUGGAAAUGUGUGGUGCAGUUUAUCUGUAAUCCUGAAGGUGAAGGAGAUACUGUCACAACAGACACAGAUUUGGCUCAGUUUUGCUGCAACACUUUUGACAAUUUUACCCACGUGCGUGAAGUUGACAAUUUAUCCCACAAUAAAGGGAUUUAAAUUUUCACUGAUAAAUUGUUCCUUGGCAUUCUUCCUGUUUUCAUUCCAAGUUCAUGAAAAGUCUAUACUUCUGGCAGCGAUACCUGUACUACUGAUUCUACAUGAACUCCCCUUCAUGGCAACUUGGUUUUUGCUGGUGUCAACUUUUAGCAUGUUACCUCUGUUGUUAAAGGAUGGGCUACUCCUUCCUUACAUCUGCACAUCUUUGGCCUUCCUUCUCGUCACAACAAAGUUGUUAUCAGCAUUUGAAAAAGUGUCUGUGGAGGAUCUGCAGCUCCAGAGGUGGAGUACGUACAUCCCACAAUUGCCACGUGUUGCUAAAUCUGCAUUCCGGGUAUCAGUGAUUGCCAUGGCUACUCUUAGUUUAAUAAGUGUUGCACUGAAUCCUCCAUCAAAACUGCCACACUUGUUCCCUGUCUUGGUGUCUCUGUUUUCCUGCAUUCACUUCUUGAUGUUCCUGAUGUACUUCAACAUUCUGCACCUGUGGGAGCCUGUGGUCCAGAGGCAACUAUGGAAAGUGAAGUAAAUCACAAUUUGUUUGAUUCCACUGCAAACCAGCAAUCUGUUCUACUGUAUAUUACAGUCAAUAAAUAUUACUCUAAUCCUAA